AUGGGCGGGAAUGACACCAAUGAAAAUCCAUUACAGGUUCUAUCCCAAAAUGAGGCUCUUCUGGUCCCAGGGUUCUUGGACACAGCCCGGGCCAGAGAGAAGGCCAUUGUUCCCAAGGUCAGCAACACACCCCAUGUGUUCACAGAGGAGUCUGAGAUCUCACAGCAGGUUAGUGACACCCCCAAGUUCUCAGAAAGUACCAUCCAUCCUACACGUGGAGUUAGCCCCAAGCCCUCAGCAAAAACUACCCAGCUGAAAGAGGGCGAUGCCUCGAAGCCCUCAGCCAAAGCUAAUAAUCCAAAACAGGAAAAUAUCUCUCAGACUUCAGGCCACUCCAUGCAGACCAAGCAGAGCAACAUGACCAAAUCCUUGGCAAAAACCACCCAGCCUAAACAGGGGACCACCCUCAAGCCUGAAGCAAGCAGCAGCCAUCACAAGGAGGCCAGCAUGCCCAAGUCAUCAGAGGACAAUAUCCAAUCCAAGGAGGGUAACAUCCCCAAGUCCUCACAGGACACAAUCUUGUCCAAAGAUGGUAAAAUCCACAAACCCUUAAAAGACAGCAUCUCACCCAAGGAGAGAGACAUCCCCAAAUCCUCACAGGACACCAUCCUCUUCAAGGAGAGAGACAUCUCCAAAUCCUCACAGGACACCAUCCUGUUCAAGGAGAGAGACAUCCCCAAAUCCUCACAGGACACCAUCCUAUCCAAAGAUGUUAAAAUCCACAAGCCCUUAAAAGACAGCAUCUCACCCAAGGAGAGAGACAUCCCCAAGUCCUCACAGGACACCAUCAUAUCCAAAGAUGUUAAAAUCCACAAGCCCUUAAAAGACAGCAUUUCACCUAAGGAGAGAGACAUCCCCAAAUCCUCACAGGACACCAUCCUCUUCAAGGAGAGAGACAUCUCCAAAUCCUCACAGGACACCAUCCUGUUCAAGGAGAGAGACAUCCCCAAAUCCUCACAGGACACCAUCCUAUCCAAAGAUGUUAAAAUCCACAAGCCCUUAAAAGACAGCAUUUCACCUAAGGAGAGAGACAUCCCCAAAUCUUCACAAGAUACCAUCCUGUUCAAGGAGAGAGACAUCCCCAAAUCCUCACAGGACACUAUCCUACCCAAAGAUGAUAAAAUCCACAAGCCUUUAAAAGACAGCAUCUCACCCAAGGAGAGAGACAUCCCCCAAUCCUCACAGGACAAAAUCCUGUUCAAAGCGAGUGACAUCCCCAGGUCCUCACAGGACAGCAUCCAGUUCAAGGAGGGAGAAAUCACCAAGUCCCCAGAAGACACCAUCACAUCCCAGGAAGACUACAUUAUCAAGUCCUUAGAAGAUACAAGGCCACCCGAUGAAAGCAACAUCUCACACUUGGAAUCAGAAAUAGAACUUCCGGAGGAAGACAUGGUGAGAAAUAUCAUUGGCAAGGAGGACUUUGAUGAGGUGCUUAAAGAGGCCGGGGAGAAGCUGGUGGCAGUGGACUUCUCAGCCUCUUGGUGUGGGCCUUGCAGAGCCAUCAGGCCGUAUUUCCAUUUCCUGUCUUUGAAACAUGAGGACGUGGUGUUCCUGGAAGUAGAUGCUGAUGACUGCGUAGAACUGGUACAAGACCGGGAUGUCUUUACCCUCCCAACUUUCCAGUUUUACAAAAAAGAAGAAAAGGUGGCUGAAUUUUCCGGCGCCCUCAGGGAAAAACUGGAUGCAAACAUUGAAGAAUUAAAGUAA